AUGAGGCUUUGGGCGGAUUUCCUGAGGAAAAAGUCCAUAAAUUCUCAAGAUAUAAAUGUUUCAGGAGGACUAACAAGCUUUAAAACAUUGAAUGUGCAAAAAUCCGAUAUAAAUGAGAUUGAAGAUAGGCAAAGCGUAGAAUAUUUCACUGAAACAGGAAAUGAAACGGGGUUCUCAGAUAGACAAGAUGAAAUAAAUGUUCUUGAUGAGAUGUAUGCUCUUGGAACUCAUAUGUGUAUUCCAGAAAAAAAUCUUUAUAAGCCAAAUAAUGGGAUGUAUGCGUCAAAUACGAGUAUAUAUGCGGGUUCGAAUAAUUCGGAAAAUACAAAUGUUGCGGCAUCUAAUCCUUUAAAACGACUUACAGCACUUUUCCUACGAAAAACAAAGAAAGGAGUUGGACCAGUAGUAGAUCGAAUUUCAGUUCUUCAAGACGGGGUUUAUACAAAUAUUGCAGGACAUAGCGUUCAAGAGGACCAGAUAUUACAAGGACAAGUCCAAGGAAUUAGUGUCUCAGGAGCACAAUUGCCAGGAUUUAUACUUCAACAUGACGUUUCAAGUGAUUCAGAGAUAAUUUGGGUACCUCCGGUUGAACAAAGUUUUAGAGAACGAUCUAUUUCAAUGGUUUUAGAAAGAUUGAGGACAGGACGACUUGGAAAGGAUUUUUGGAUGAAAGAUGAAAAUUGUCGAGCGUGUUUUUUAUGUGAUGCAAUAUUUACGGCAUGGCGUCGACGGCAUCAUUGUCGAACCUGUGGACAAAUUUUUUGUUCUAAAUGUACAACAUUGAUUCCGGGCAAAAGUUUUGGUCAUAUUGAGGAUUUACGUGUAUGUAAUCGUUGUCACGCAAUUAUCAAUGAAUAUAUUGAUGUGAAUGGAGAAGAGGGGAAUGUAUUUUCGGAAAAACCAUGGUUACGAUCGAUUUCUCAGAAUGUAUUUCGUUCAAAUCAUUUUAUGGAAGUUUUUUUCCCAAAGAAACAGUCAUUAGAUAUCACUUUUUCCCCGAAAAACAGUGAGAAAUCAACGUGCGAUGUAUUCGAUACUCUCGAAUCCAUGUCUCCAGUUUCUUUUGGAAUGAGCGAUAUGAUGGAUAAUAAUAUGUCUGAAACUAAUGAGAAUUAUUUAGCAUCAUCUUUAAAAUCUUUUAAUUUAGAUCCCACUGAUGAUAAAUGGUCUGUAUCGAAAAAUGAAUGGAAAGAAGGGAAAAGAAAAAAUCAUGUUUUACAUAAGAGAAAUCACUUUGCUGGUCUUGAUAUAAAAUCAUUUAGUACGACUUCAGGAGAUAUGAGAAAAACUUCAAAUCGAAUGGUAGUUUCGACACCUCUUAUAGAAGAAAACGAACAUCUAUCUUCGACACAUUCAAUUCCAUUGCCUAUAACUAGCGAAAAACUUCAAAUUGUAAAAAUGGGGAAGAAAAAUGCAAUAAAAAUCGAUCGUCGUUUAAAAAAACAGAAAAAAAUUGAUGGUAAACAUGGGAAUUUUUCUGUUUCUGCGGAUUACGCAAAAGAUAUUGAAUUUACAUCAGAAAAUGCAUUUUUUACUUCAUCUUUUUCUGCUCUUUCUAAAAAAAAAUCUCAUAAAGUAUCACCGAGUGAUACAUCAUUAAAAAUUAUGGACUCAAAUUCAUUUCCUUUAUACUAUAUCCGAGAACUUUUGAAACAAUUACUGCGAGACUCAAACGUAUCAUCCGUUUUAAAUUGGGAACAAAUUUUAACUCCAAUGCUUUUUAAGAUUAUUGAUAAUAUUAAUCCUAAUCUUCGAAAUGGGGAUGAUAUUGAUGUACGUCAUUAUGUUAAAAUCAAAAAAAUCAUAGGAGAUCCUACAUUAAGUUGUUAUGUUCAAGGUCUUGUAUUUACAAAAAAACUCGCAUUAAAGAAAAUGAAUACUUCUCUGAUAAAUCCGAGAAUUGUCUUGAUAACAUUUCCCAUUGAGUAUCAUCGAACAGAAACUCAUUUUAUGUCAUUGGAUCCCGUUAUUGCUCAGGAGAAAGAGUAUCUUCGAAACCUUGUAAAUAGAAUAAUUUCAUUACAUCCUACAAUAUUAUUUGUCGAAAAAAGUGUUUCCGGGCUAGCCAUGCAAUAUUUAUUUGAAAGUAAUAUUGUCGUUGCAUCAAAUGUAAAACCCUCCGUUAUUCAAGCAAUCUCACGUUGUACAAGAGCUGAUAUUAUUUCAUCUAUUGACAAACUUGCAUUAUCUCCAAGAAUAGGAAAGUGUGCUUAUUUUAAUUUAAAGACUUUUGUAAAUUCAACCUCUCCUAUCAUGAAAAAAACAUUUAUAUUUUUAGAAGGAUGUCCAAAAGAUCUUGGCUGUACAAUUAUUCUUCGCGGGCCAACUAUUCAUGAACUUUCUAUCGUAAAACGAAUAACAGAGUUAAUGGUAUACGUGGUUUACAAUUUAAAAUUAGAAACAUGUCUUAUGAGAGAUCAUUUUAUUUCAUUAUCAGAUAUACCCUCGAAUAAGCUUGCAUUGGACCUUUUGAAAGAUUCUUAUUCCACAAUUGAUCGUAAUGCUCCUAUAACAUCGUAUGAUGUUAUUAUAGAAAUAUUCGAAACAAGACUUUUAUCUGCUUCUCCAUAUGUUAAGUUUCCUCCACCAUAUAUGCUUUUAAAAGCUCGUGAUUCCGAAAAAUAUUUAAAAGAAUUCUUAAAUGACAAGAAAUCAGAUAUUCUGGAUCAAAAGGUUCAUAAUUUUUUAAAAGAAAUGAAUGCUUUAGAUAACGAUCAUUUAUUAUUAAAUAUAAAUCUAACGGAAAUAUUAAAAAAUGCUGAAAUUGAAAAGGCACAACAAGAAUUAAAAAUCCAAGAGAAAAAUUGGCAAUCCUAUUUUGUUCAAGAUAUUGGAGUUGCUAGCCCUUUUUCUCAUCAAGGAUUUGCUGUACUUUAUUCUAGUGUAUGUACUGCAUCAGCGAUACCCUGUAAAGGUCCUGGUAUGAAUAUUAUUGAAUAUUAUCGCGAAACGGAUUGUACAUUAGGACAAUAUAUUGAAGAUAUGUGUUCAACCGUUAAUAUAAUUUGUAAUGCAAAUCUUUGUGGGCGGAGACUUUUUGAACAUCAUCGAAGUUAUGUACAUGAUCAUGCUCGUAUUACCGUUUUCAUACAGGAAUUGGAUCAUGCUAUUUCUGAAAUACAAAAAAAUAUUUUUCUUUGGAGUCAGUGCAAGAUUUGUAAAAAAAGUACACCAAUGAUACCAAUGUCUGAAAAUACUUGGAAGUAUUCAUUUGGGAAAUAUUUAGAAUUGAUAUUUUAUAAUAUUUCUCUUUACAGCAAAACCGGUAUUUGUAAUCAUGAUAUAAAUAGAGAUCAUAUUCGUUAUUUUGGAUAUCAAAAUUUUGCUGUAAGAUUUCAAUUCGAUUAUAUUGAGCUUUAUGAUCUUUCAUUGCCUCGUGCUGAAAUAAUAUGGAAGUCAGAAGGAUGGAUUCGGUUGAAAUUAGAGGAAUAUAAUUCAAUAAAAUCAAAAAUUGAGAAAUUCUGUGAUUCUGUUGAAGUUAGAUUAAAUAGUAUUCCAUUAGAUACUAUACCUUUGGAUAAAUUCGAAGGAUGUAAACUCGAAAUAGAUCGCUUUAGAAAAAGAAUUAAAGAUGAAAGGGCUUUUCUAUUAAUUUUUUUGAAAGAAUCAUAUGAAAAUUCUCACCCUUUAAAAAUUUUACCACUUAAUCGUGUUCUGAGAAGUAUUCAAGAGAUGGUUAUUCAAUGGGAUGUUGAUUUUAGCGAAUUUGAUAAAGACUUUUUUCCUUCUGAAAAAGAUAUGCGACGAUUUACUUCUUUGCAUCUUAAAAAGUUCUUUAUGGAUAAAGAACUUAUUUCAGAUCAUAAUUAUUCUAAAGGUUUAGAAGUUUCUGAAAAUCUAAAUUCCGAAGUUGGUGAUAAGUUAUUAAGAAAUAAGAACAGGCUUUUAUUAUUAAAGAAGGUUUCCAGUGAAAAGGACUUAAAUUUCAUGUCUUCUAGUGAAUCAGAACUCUCAUUAAACAAAAAUAAUUCUGAUACAAAUAUUUCUCAUUUCACAAAAAACGCCUUAGAGGUCUCAAAUAAAAAACAGGAUAUUUUUAUUAAAAAUACUUAUAAUCAAAUAAACAAUGAAUUGGUUCAAGAGAUACGUAAACUUUCGAGUGAUAAUAAUAAUUUUUCUAAAAAAAAAGAAUCUGAUAAUAAUGCUGAAGAAACUAAUUUGAAUAAAGUUAUUAAUACUGGAAAUGAAGUUUUAUUUGAUAACAAUAAUUUUUCGGAUUCAUUUCAGAAGUUAGAUAUAGAAAAAUUUGAUAAUUCUCUUCCUACAUCAUCAAUUGGAAGUUUUCUUUUUAAAAAUUAUUUUUUUAGAAAGAAUUUUGCAAAAAUUCUUAAUUCAGAUCAAAAAAAACCCGAUUGUAAUUAUAAAAAGGAUCUUCGAUCUACUUUAAGAACUAAAAAAGAUUUAGAUAUACAGUUUAAGUCUCAAAAUUCGGAAAAAUUUAAUGGAAAUAUUUCUAAUUUCUCCAACGAUUUUGAUCCAUUGGAUAAGGAAUUUGAAAAACAACGGACUCAUAAAAGACGUUUAAAAAUUAAAAAGAAUUACUCAUUUCUUCCAUCAUCAAAACCUAUUGUAGAGGUUUUUCAGAAUGUUCAAGAAGCUGUUAAUGAAACUUCAGAUGAUGAUCUUAUUAAUGAACAUAAAAAAAUAAAUAUAGAUUUGAAAAAAAAAGACAAAUGUGAACUCAAUUCAGACAAAAAAGGGAAAAAAAGAAUCAGAAGAUCUCAGACUAUUGACUCGUUUAAUUUAUACGAGAAUAAAAUGGGUCUUGAAAACUCGCAAAAGGAUUCUGAUCUUUCUUCUCUGGAAAUUCUUUAUACUUCCCCUGAAUGCUUUAAAUUUUCCAAUGAUGAUAUUAUAGAUGAAAUUCCUACACAUGGUGCUGAACGAAUAUCACUUAUGAAAAGUUUAUUUGCAUUUUGGGCUGAUAGAGCUUCUGUUGGAUGGUCUGCGUUAAAUUAUCCGCUCAAUCCAUAUGAACAUGUAUUUACGGAUUCAGAUGUAAUCAUUCGAGAGGAUGAACCAAGUUCGCUUAUUGCUUUUACAUUAAGUUCUGUUGAUUACUUAAAUAAACUUAAAGAAAUGGAGCAUAUUAAAGCUCUUCAUAAUAUAAUUGAGAAUUCAAAAACUGAAGAAAAAUUGAAGGAUCUAGGAGAUUUAACUAAGAAACCGUUAGAAAAUGCGUUAUUAAAACUUACUGGAACUCAUUUAAAAUAUCAAUUUCAAGAAGGUUCUGCACAGCUAUUUUGCAAAGUAUUUUAUGCGGAACAAUUUGAUGCAUUUAGACGUGCAUGUAAGUGUGAUGAAGACUAUCUUUCAUCUCUUUCAAGAUGUUUUAAAUGGGAUUCUUCUGGUGGCAAAUCAGGUUCUGCUUUUCUUAAAACUAGAGAUGAUAGAUUAGUUUUAAAACAAUUAUCUCGACUAGAAACAGAAGCUUUUAUAAAAUUUGCACCUUCUUAUUUUGAAUAUAUGUCUCAGGCAUUUUUUCAUGAAUUACCUACUGCAAUGGCUAAGAUUAUUGGGUUUUAUCAAAUAGGUUCUCGAAAUCCUCAUACAGGAAAGGUUACAAAAAUGGAUGUACUAGUAACAGAAAAUCUUUUUUAUGGAAAAAAAACAUCUCGAAUUUUUGAUUUGAAAGGUUCAAUGAGAAAUAGACAUGUACAAUCAACUGGCAAAGAAAAUGAAGUAUUGUUGGAUGAAAAUUUAGUUGAAUUUAUAUAUGAUUCCCCAUUAUUUAUUCGUGAGCAUUUUAAAAAAAUUUUAAGAGCAUCUUUAUGGAAUGAUACCUUGUUUUUGGCAAAAAUGAAUGUUAUGGAUUAUUCUAUGGUUGUUGGUAUUGAUGAUGAAAGACAAGAACUAGUCGUUGGAAUUAUUGAUUGCAUUCGUACUUAUACAUGGGAUAAAAAAUUAGAAAGUUGGGUUAAAGAAAAAGGUUUGGUAGGUGGUGGUGGGAAAGAACCUACUGUUGUGACACCUCGUCAGUAUAAAAAUAGAUUUAGAGAAGCAAUGGAUUCUUAUAUUUAUGGUUCGCCAAGUUGUUGGUAUUUUUUUGAAAGCGCUUUAGGACUUAAGGUUUAGCUUUGAAUAUAAAAGACAUUAAAGU